AAACGACACACAGAAGAAGAUGGACUGGGGAACACUGCAGACCGUUGUAGGAGGUGUAAAUAAGUACUCCACCAGCAUCGGCAAGGUCUGGCUCACAGUCCUGUUCAUCUUCCGUGUCAUGAUCCUUGUUGUGGCUGCAGAGAGAGUCUGGGGAGAUGAACAACAAGAUUUUGUCUGCAACACACUUCAGCCGGGGUGCAGAAAUGUUUGUUAUGAUCACUUUUUCCCCAUCUCUCACAUCAGACUCUGGGCCCUGCAGCUGAUCUUUGUUUCCACACCUGCGUUGCUGGUGGCCAUGCAUGUAGCUUACAGGAGGCACGAGAGGAAGAGGCGAUUCAGAAAUGGAGAGAAAAUUGAUAUUGAAGAGCUGAACAAUGAAAAGAUUCACAUUCGUGGGCCUCUCUGGUGGACCUACUCCAGCAGCAUCUUCUUCAGGAUUGUCUUUGAAGCAGUCUUCAUGUAUGUGUUCUAUUACUUGUAUGAUGGGUACCAGAUGCCUCGCCUGAUGAAGUGUGAUGCAUGGCCCUGCCCCAACACAGUGGAUUGUUUUGUGUCACGGCCCACUGAGAAAACCAUGUUUACUAUUUUCAUGCUUGCUGUGUCUGGGAUCUGCAUGAUGUUGAAUCUGGCUGAGUUGUGUUACUUAGUGAUAAAAAUUUGCAUGAGACAACCCAGGAAAACAACUGUUUUAAAAUAAUUUCCCAGUUUCAGGAUUUCCUAGCUCUCCCGUUUCCCUCAAACUUUCUUAGGUUUCAGAAAACAACAGCAAUAUUUUCAUGCUCAAGGAAAAUAAUAAAAACUUAACAUUCAUUCAUGGUUCAAAAACUAUAGUCUCUCUGGGAAGCAGCUAUUGAAGCAGGUUUUAAAGAUCAUAACCUACUUCAAGUGUCAUGCAUCCACAAAUAGAGAGAGCAGCCUUUCGGCAAGAA